AGAGAGAGAGCUCCACUUUUCCCACUGUCACUACGCGCCCACACCUCUGAGGUUUUCUGGGGGACUCUAAACUCCAGCCCAGUUGGAGUAGCUGCUGGUGGAGGAAGGAGGCGUCGGUAGAGCAGCAGCUGCAUCAAGGAGCGUCGGAGCCGACGGAGAGCGGCGCAGAGCGGCGCGGGGGAGCGGAGGAGCGGAGGAGCGGGGGAGACGGCUGCAGGUGUCGGUGUACGAGUCGCGAUGGAGGCGCGCGGCGCGCGAGACUGAAGGGAGCACCGCUUCUGGAAAGCGCUCGCUUUGUUAAGGUGGAUUACAAAGUGGAGGGGGCGGGAAGACAAAUACGACAACAACUAAACAACAACAACAACAACAACAACAACAACAACAAAACGCCUUCGUGUUGCUGUCUACUUCACUUGGCUGGAUUACCUCAGCACCAUGAACGUGUCGCCUCCGGACCGCGGGAAAAACGUGCGCGAGCUGGCUUUGGAGAUAGCCGUCCGAGUUCUGCUUUUCGGAGUUUUUGUAUUUACAGAGUUCCUGGAGCCCUUUGAGAGAGUGAUUCAACCAGAGGAGCUUUGGCUCUACAAGAAUCCUCUGGUUGAGUCAGACCACAUUCCCAAGAGGGUCAUGUUCGCCAUUUCAUUCCUUACCCCGUUGGCGGUGAUAUUCGUGGUGAAGAUAAUUCAGCGGACGGACAAGACAGAGCUCAAAGAGGCAUGUUUAGCUGUGUCCCUGGCCCUCGCCCUGAAUGGAGUCUUCACAAACACUAUCAAGUUGAUUGUUGGCAGACCAAGGCCCGACUAUUUCCAUCGCUGCUUCCCAGACGGACAAGUGAAUGCAAAGAUGCUGUGCACCGGGGAGCCAGAUAUGGUCUCCGAGGGACGCAAGAGCUUCCCCAGCAGCCAUUCCUCCUUUGCAUUCUCUGGCCUCGGCUUCACCUCCUUCUACCUGGCGGGGAAGCUGCAGUGUUUUACGGGUCAAGGUCGAGGACGCAGCUGGCGUCUCUGUGCCAUGGUGCUGCCUCUCUACAGUGCCAUGAUGAUCGCCUUGUCCCGGACCUGCGACUACAAACACCACUGGCAAGACGCCUUUGUCGGAGGAGUGGUCGGCUUGCUCUUUGCGUACGUCUGCUAUCGCCAGCACUACCCGCCCUUUCUGCACUUGGACUGCCACAUGUCCUACGCCAGCCUGGCUGCCGUCGCCCACGUGCCCUCGCACCCCGAGGACGACCCGCAGCCCACGGACAACACAACCAGUCUUCCCCUGGAGGGCCUGAGUGAAGGGCCAGUAUGACUAGUGGCCGCCGCCGCCGAGACUCCCCCCACUACCUUCACCAAGCCGCCGAGCCUCGCUCCCCUCGCCCCCCUCGUCACCCUCGCCCAGUGACUGACUGGCUCUCGUACACAUUCCAGUGGACAAAAGUACGCCCCACCCAUCCCUAUGUUUCACCCCGUCUCGGUGACGCCUACAGUCAUUAUUAUUAUUUUGUUGAA